UACACACAGAUACUGUACAUAGAUCUUAGACAGACAGACAGACAGACAGACAGACAGAGAGAUAGAUAGAUAGAUAGAUCAGAUCAUUGAUUCAAGUGAAUUGUAUGACAUGUGGAUCAUUUUGCAGUUGUCUCCUUCAGAGACGCGUGUGUCGCCAUGACGACCUGAUGACUGCAGUGGAGACAUUGGUUGAGCUGGUUUUGUCCGGCCGCUUUUGUGAUACCACGGUGUCUUGCCGCGAGAAAGAUGGAAACAUCACCAGGGUGCCCAUGUCAAAGCUCCUCCUAGCGGCGGUGGGUGUCGAGCUGGGCAAAACCAAUGAGACCCUUCAGCUGUCGAUGCCUGCAGAUGCUUUCAAGAUGAUUUUAGUGAAGAGCUUUGGCUUGGAGAGCCGGGUUCUAGAUGCUGACCUUGAAGCAGCUUUAGCUGCUUGGCAGAGGGACAUGCAAAAACAUUCCGAUCGCCUCUUUCGGCAUGCGUCAGGGCCAGCUCGGCAAGCCAGGCCACUUGUCCUGUGGACUGCCCUGACCUUGGCAGUUGGAGGCAUUUAUGCGUGGGCACCUGCUUUCCAAUACAAGAUGUUCAACAAUGGAUUCUUCAUGGAUGAUGCGAUGAUCGCCCGGAACCCCAAUGUGAUCGAAAGUUUGGACUGGAAUCGGCUCCUUCGUACCGACUAUUGGGGUUUGGACAUGUUUGCAGGUACUUGGACGCACAAAUCCUUUAGGCCACUCACAGUGGUGACCUUCCGGUGGAAUUUCUUGCUGCACGGCUUUGAAUCUAGUGGCUUUCAUGCCACAAAUCUACUUCUGCAUUUCAUAUGUUCAUCCAUGCUGGUGUUUUUUGGCAUUCGUUGUGGGCUGCCAGCUGAUUGGUCCUGCCUUUUAGGCGCUUUGUUCCUCAUCCACCCCGUGCAUACUGAAAGUGUGCUCUAUAUUGUUGGGCGAGCUGACCUCAUUUGCUUGGCCCUGGUGAUCAUGUCAUUUUUGCUACACAAAGAAACAACUUCCGGGAAGCUCUGGCUCUCUUUUGUUGGCGUCCUGCUCUCAUCAGGCUUCUUACUCGCAGCUGGUUUAUGCAAAGAGACGGGUUUCUGCUUCUUUGGUCUCCUUGUUGGUUGGGACAUCCUUGUGCUGACCUUGCGUUGUCAGAGUCGCUUGCUCUUGAGGAUGUGCUUGGUACUUCUUGUUGGUAUCUCCUUGUGUGCUGCGCGAGUUUGGUAUACGAGUGGGACGACGAUCGAGCGGAUGGAUCCUUUCAGUAAUCCUGUUGCGGCUGAGAAGGACCGUGUGGUGCGCUUUUUGUCGUAUGCUCUUGUGCAUGGCAUAUAUGGGAAGCUUUUGGUUUGGCCAAGCUUCCUUUGCUACGACUAUUCAUUCGAUGCAGUGCCACUGGUUCGAAGUUUGUCAGAUUGCCGUUUGCUCUUGCCAGUGAGCUGUUACCUCGGCUUUGCUCUUCUCACGACGCAGUCGCUGCAACUAUUAAGGAGAUGCGUGCAUACACACGACCAUGCUGUGCCUGUUGUUGGCAUUGCUAUAUUGAUACUCAGCUUUUUCCCAAUGUCGAAUGUACUUUUUCCCGUUGGUACCAUGGUUGCAGAGCGCCUUCUGUACAUACCGUCGGCUGGCUUUCUUAUUGCAGUUGUUGGCCUUGCACGACAUCGAGAAAACCAUACCGCUUGUAUCUUAGUCUUAGUCGUUGCAGGGCUGGUCCUAACACUUCUCACAGCGCAGCGAGUUGUUGAGUGGUCCAGCCCAGAAGCAAUCACCGUAGCUGAUGCUGCGAAGCAACUCCGUUCCACCCGAGUCCAAUACAAUUUGGCCACCCACCACCUAUCCAAUAAACGAUAUGAUGAGGCCUUUUCCUCGUUUGAGACUGUGAUGGCGCUAGAUCCAACUGACAGAGACUGCAUGCCUUUGUACCAUGCCGGUCAGAUUCAGAUCUACCGGGGAAACCACAAAGCAGCAGAAGAGCUUCUGGCCAGAGCAGUUGAAGGCCACUUCAGCCCACUCCUAGUGAAUGAGGAAGAAGUGUUUCAUGACUAUGGGCUGGCUCUGUGGUUUGCCGAGAAGCCCAAAGAUGCGAUUUUGAAUUUUGAAAAGAGCUUGUCAAUCAACGGAACCUUUUCGAAAGGUUUCAACAACUUGGGCUGUGCGUUGGGCCUAGGAGCCCUUCUAGGACGACUACCUCAAGAAGCGCUCGUGCAAGGUAUUCAGCAGUUGCAGGAGGCGGUGCAACUGAGCUCUGACAAUGUGCUCUACUGGCGGAACUUGGUGGCGUUGCUGCGCUUUGCCGGCCGCCCGGAGGCUGAAGUCGCUUGGAAGCAGCUUCUGACCUUGGACGCCAGCAACGCCGCGAAUCCACCAGAGGAUUGCAGUUGGGAAUUCGCCUUUCGAUGACCAACUAACCAACAGCCGGCAGAUUUCCAAAUGGUCGCACAAAUGAAGGCGUGCACCAUGUCCAAAUUGAGGACAUGCUUUCCACGACCUCGUGAAUGCAGAUACAGGGACACUUCAAAUCUCCACACAACGCCUUUGCUGCCAAGGUCAGUGAGGUGAUGCUUUCCGACCGAGUUUGUCCGUCGCUGCGAUCAGACAAAUGUCUCCAUGCCAA